AUGCGGAGAAUUGCACCCGAGUUGCAAGAAGCGGUAGAGUCCGAGUUAAAGAAACUACAAGUAGCUGGGAUCAUUCGAAAGGCUCAAUAUCCGCAAUGGAUAUCUAACAUGGUGAUAGUCCCUAAAAUGAAUGGAGGGGUCAGAAUCUGCAUCGACUUCAGCGACUUGAAUAAUGUUUUCCCAAAGGACAGCUUUCCCCUCCCCGGCAUCGAUCAACUGGUAGAAUCUAUAGUUGGGUACAAGGCUAUAACGUUAAUGGAUGGAUACUCGGGAUAUAAUCAGAUUCCCCUGGCUCCAGAGGAUCAAGAACAUACGUCUUUCUUCAGACCCAGAGGGUUAUAUUGCUACACUAAAAUCCCAUUCGGGUUGAGGAACGCCGGCGCCACUUAUCAAAGGUUGGUGGAGGACAUGUUCGAGGACAAAAUACACAACACCAUCGAGGUUUAUAUGGACAAUAUGUUAGUUAAAAGCAAAGUGACAGCCAACCAUAUUGACGAUCUUAGGGAAAUAUUUCAAACCAUGAGAAAAUAUAAGAUGCGAGUAAACUCGGCCAAAUGCACUUUUUGGGUUACCUCGAGUAAGUUUCUGGGAUACAUAAUCACUGAUAAAGGUAUAGAAUCCGACCCGAAAAAUAUUAGAGUUGUGUUGGAAAUGUCGUCCCCGGUGACAAUAAAAGAUGUACAGUGGUUAAAUGGAAACUUGGCAGUGUUAGGGCGAUUCAAUUCACGGUCCCCGGAUAAAUUGUUGAAAACACCCGAGCCCGAUGAAGUGCUUACCCUAUAUCUCGGGGCAACAAGUUCUGCCAUAAGUGCAGUCUUAGUCAAAAAUGUGGGGGCAGAAGAGAAGCAUGUGUACUUCAUAAGCAAAACCAUGAACCCAGCGGAGAAGAACUACACCAGAAUUGAGCAAUUGAUACUAUCCUUAGUAUUUGCAACACAAAAACUUCGAACGUACUUCCAAACUCACAGAAUUCGAGUGCUUACGAAGUCUUCCAUAGAAUCAUUGCUCGACAAUGCAGCGAGGUCGGGACGGAUCUCUAAGUGGAGUGCACAAAUCAAACAGUUCGAUAUCUUCUAUGAGAUGAGGACGGCAGUAAAGGCACAAGCAGUGGCCGACUUUCUGGCAGAUUUCUCUUUAGACGAUGAGGACGAAAUUGAAGACAUUCCGGGCAUGGAAGAAGACCGAGAAGAUCCCUCCGACCUCCUUGAAACUUGCAGUCCGACGCGAUGGGAAGUCUUCGUCGACGGGUCGUCCAAUAAAGACGGGUCGGGUCUAGGGCUAGUUUUCACCACACCAAAGGGGAAGAAGAUGUUUCACUCCUUUAGGCUUGAAUUUAAGGCAACAAACAAUGUCACCGAGUACAAGGCCGUGAUACAUGCUUUAAGGAUUAUAGUAGAAAUGGGGAUUCACGACGUGAGACUGACUAGUGAUUCUCAGCUGGUCAUUAGGCAGAUCAAUGGGAAGUAUGCUAUACAUGACCCAGUAUUGCAGAAGUAUUGGGAGCUCGCCCAAUUUUAUAUCGGCCAGAUACCAAACAUCAAAUUCCGACACAUCUGCAGAAAAGAUAAUCGACAUUCAGAUGCACUGGCAUACAUCGCCUCCAUGCUAACAGACUCGAGCAUUGAAGGCAUCAGAGUCAUGAGAAUCCUGAUGCCAUCUGUACCCGAGCCAGUAGACACAAAAGCAUAUAUAGAGGUAACUACAGCUGAUAAAUACAAAGACGGCGAUUGGCAAAAACCCAUUCACCAAUAUCUGGAGAUGGGAGAGUUUCCUAAAGGACGACCCGAGAUCAACAAAAUUAAAAGCAAAGCAGCGGCACACGAACUACGAGACGGUGUUUUGUAUAGGAAGUCCUACCUAGGGCCACUGUUAAGGUGCCUAAGAAAAGAAGACGGGAACUCAAUACUGAAUGAGCUGCAUUAUGGGGUCGCGGACAAUCAUAGCUCAGCUCGAAGCCUGGCAACCCGAGCUAAGACCAUGGGAUAUUUUUGGCCCUACAUGAACGAGGAUACAAAGCACAUGGCAUUAAUUUGCGAUGAAUGCCAAAAAUUUGGAAAAAAGAUACAUGCGCCUGCAGUAACUCUGAUCAACCCCUGGCCCUUUGCCAAGUGGGGGAUCAAUGUAGGACCCUUACAUGUCGGGUCGGGGCAGAGAAAAUAUUUGAUCGUGGCUACUGACUACUUCACCAAGUGGGUAGAAGAUGCACCGCUAAGGCACAUUAGGGAUAAGGACAUUUUUCGCUUCAUAUGGGAACACAUUAUCUGUCGUUUUGGCGUGCCAGCAGCAAUCGUCUCGGACAAUGGAAAACUACUCCAAGGCAAGAACAUUGACCUAUUUUUUAACACCUACAAUAUCCGAAAAGUAAGGCAAUGA